UCAGGAAGCAUUUGACUGAAUAUAAAUUAAAUUGACCCCAACCCUGCCAUCUAGCUAACACAGUAAUGUGACAGGAUUCCAUAAUCAUGACGUAGUGCUGCUGAUAGAGGUAUGGGUAAACAGUGAGCAUCUGACAAUUUAUCAUUUGCAUGCCCGCUCUUACUCUGAAUUCCUUGUACAGUACUUCAAACUUUACAUACUCUAUUUCUAAAGUAUGUUUUGCAUGGUGUUUUGCAUGUUUCAGGCAACUCAACAAAAGUCUACUAUAUGGUACUGAGGACUGAGGCGUCCAUACCGGAAGACAUUAUUGAUGGAAUACUCAAAUCUUUUAAAAUGGACAAUCCUGUGAGUGUUGACACCCUUAAAGUUACAACAGAUUGUGCCCCUCUUCGAAACAACACUCAGUGCACAUGCAGACCAGGGCAUAUCUGGAGUGUUGCAGUGUGUCAGUCUUCACCUAACUGUUGUAAACAACAAAACUGCACAUUUGAAAGCAUAAAAACAAAACCAAUGUGUCUCCCUGAAACAAGAGUUACUGUCAUUGGAAAACUUAACAUAGCUGGAAAGGUAUAUUUUGAAAGUUACAGCAAUCCAAAUUCUAUGGAAUAUAAAAAGUUGCAUGACGAAUUAUUGCCUCAGCUGAAAAGGGUGUACAGUACAUUGAAUUCAUUUGACGACAUAUACAUCACAGGGUUCAGUCGUGGUAGUGUCAACAUUGCUUUUGAAAUGAACCUCAACAACAUUUCAGCUGAUGACCUUGCAAGCAAAACAGCAGAAUUGGAAAAAGCACUGAAUUCUACGUUCUCGCUUGACACAGAAGGUGUUGUUGAGAUCACAGUCCCAGAAGGCCCGGUAAAAUAUGAUUCUAUCCAGACAAUUCUCUGUCAAACCAAGGAGGACAUGAAACCAAUUAAAUGGGUUUUGGAAAGGAGUGAUAGUAAAUCAUUUAAUGUAACAACAGGUACUGAUGCUACAGUGAUAUCCACUAGUAGGAAGACUACAAUUCUCCUCAGACAGGCAACGGAGAUCUGGGAAGGGCUGUACACGUGUGCAUUCAAUCCAAAAUCUUCCAAUGUGACCAUAAACCACAGAGCCAGUGCAACAUUAGACAUAGCUCUCCUGCCACAAAUUGACAUUAGUAGCACGCCUCAAUUUCCAGACUGUUACAAUAAAUAUAAUCCAAAUGAUAGAGUCUUCGUCAGAGUUCAAUGUGAAAUUAAGAAUACCACUGAAAACUACACCGUGACAUGGAAUUACACCAACACUGAAACGAAAUUAAAUGAACAAAAAGAUGUUACCGGUAAUGCCAUAAUUUACAGGAUUGAUACGACUGUCAGCUGCAACAGUUUACAAGAGCCAGAUGUAACAUGUACAUUUAUGAACAUCCUGUCCCAAGAGAAAAAUGCUACUGUCAAUAUCCCUGUUAUCUACAGCAAUUCAAAAUUUUGUCCUGCUGAAGGUGCCUGGUCAAACGCAAAGGCUAACUUUACGGCGGUGCUGAAGUGUAAAAAUGGUGUUGGAAAAACCCAGAGACAGUGUUCCAGUGAUGGAGUUUGGGAGGAGGAAAAAUCUAACUGUGUGAAUGUAGAUCUACAUGACAUCCUAAUUGAUUCACAGAACCUUGGAAUAGGACUUGGGUCAGUUGAAACAAAUUCUGCGAACAUAUUUUCACGUCUGAAGUUUUCCACCGAUAAUUCAGAAUCCAUCAACACGUAUGCUAAUGUGAAUGCUUCUGUGUCCAUACUCUUCACCAUGAACAACGCAAUCAACGCAUCUCUAACAAAUUACACACUGAAUAAGGCUCAACUACAAGAUGCUCUAAUAUCAUCCAGCAAUCUUUUGGAUAGCAGUCUUGAAAAGUCAUGGAUUUCUAAACCUGACCAGGCCAACAUAUCCAUGGCUGAAAGAUAUCUGAUUUCUGUUGAGGGCCUGGUUGAACAGUCAGAUGUCGAGAAUAACACAUACCAACACACAAACAUAGAGUUGAAUGGCUGUGAACCUCAGCCGGAGAAACAUUGUGUGAACAAAGUUUUCAAUGUCACCGUAAUCAUGAGGACUAGCUCCAUUAUGGUUAAAACUAUAGGUUUUAAAUCUCUCAAUCACUAUCUACCAAAGCCGCAACAAACAGACGCUGAUCCAAACAGCAUUGUGGUGUCCACUAGCAUUGGUCAAGGAUCUGCAGAUAUCUCAAUAGACUUCCAGUUGAUCCGUGAAAGGCCCCGCAACCACAAGAUACAGUGUGUAUAUUGGGAUUUUACAAAAAGCCAAUGGUCUGAUGAAGGUUGUAAAUGGAGUGGUCCUGAUAACGAAAACCAUUGCGAAUGCACCCACUUAUCCUCGUUCACCACCCUCAUGUCAAAGAAACCAGAUAAUCUUCCCUAUAUGAAGGAGAUAACCUAUGUGGGCUUGGGCGUCUCAAUUGUCUCACUUCUCUCCUGUCUAGUGAUAGAAUGUAUUGUGUGGAAAUCUGUUGUCAAGUCCAGCGUGUCGUAUUGUCGCCACACAGCCCACAUUAACAUCUGCCUGUGUUUACUGAUAGCCGACUGUAGCUUUCUCGCCUCAGCUUUCCCCAAAAACAUCCCAGAGAAUUGGUGUCAGAUUUUCGUGGUAGUUAAGCAUUUAUGCUACCUGUCCAUGUUCUUCUGGAUGUUGUGCCUGAGUAUCAUGGUUCUCCAACAGAUGAUAUUUGUGUUCCAUCAGAUGAGCAAGAAGUUUUGCUUGGGACUGUGCUUUUUUGUUGGCUAUUGCUGUCCACUGUUAAUUGUUUUCAUUACAUUUAUCACCUACAACAGUGGCCAGAAGGAUUACUACUAUACCAGGGAGACUUGUUGGCUGGUUUAUGAAGGUUCUUUAAAGGGCUCCAUCUUUGCGUUCAUUCUGCCUGUUGGCACUAUUGUAGUAGUCAAUGUGUUCUGCAUGCUAGUAGUUAUCAUAAGGCUCCUGAGACCAAGUCUUGAAGUCAACACUAAGGAUGAAAAAGAAGUGGCCAAAGGUAUCCUAAAAGCGGUUAUCCUCCUAACCCCAAUCUUUGGAGGGACAUGGAUUUUUGGAUUUUGUGUUUUGAUAUUUGACAUCACCACAGGACCUAUAGCCUACCUGGUGAACUAUGCCUUCACUCUGCUGAACGCAUUCCAGGGUCUCUUCAUUCUACUCACUGCAUAUUUUGGAGAAAAACCGAUUCGUGUUGCACUACUGAAAUAUUUCAACCUAAAACAGGUACAAUCAGCAGUGAGUCAAAGUUCCAAACUGGCAUCCACGAUGAAGACGAAAUGAUAUUUUAAUGCCGUUUCUUUUUUUAGAUACAUUUUAUACCUAUACUGUUUAUUCAUCUAGGCUUAGUUUAUAUCCAAAUUAAACCCAAUACUAAUCAACUGAAAUUCUGACACUGAGAAAGUAUGUGCAGUGUCAUACAUGUAUCAUUUAUUAUAAUUGUAGCCUUAUUUUUCUGUUGUAAUAUAGCCUAUAUAUUAGAUGUUAUGUAGAAUGGAAAAUUACAUAAUAGGAAUGAAUCAUUUGGAAAAUGAAUUGCAUAAUGUGUAACCUACACUUGUUUCUAUCGUAAGUGUCCAGAAUAGUUUUUCAUACUGUAUGGCCAGUGAAAUGUAUGUAAUGUCUGUAUUUUUCUGCCAAAUGCCACUAGUGCUUGAUGGUGUAACAUUUUAAAAAUUGGUUUGGGUAAACUAUAUUAGCUGUUUUCCCAAUAAUGUUUUUGUUAAGGAUGUGUGGUAAUCCCUUGUUUUGCAGUCCUGUUUAGUUCCUAUCUUCUCUGCUCCUCCCAUUCCUUGUCCGUGUCGUCCAAGGGAAAACUGUUUAACACUGCCAUCUGGCGGUAGGCCCUGCACUCUGGCUCUGCACUGAAAUAUGAUGCAGACAAUCACAUUAAGGAAGUAACCUACUGCACAUAACACACAUGGGUUUGCACCCUAAAUGUAACCCUACUCCUUACAAAGUGCACUACUUUUGACCAGAGCCCAGGGAAGGGAAUAGGGUUCAAUUUGGGAAUCUACAAUGAUGGCCGUGUCCGAAAUCGGUCUUGCCUACUAGGCUACCGACUAAAAGUGCACAUGUGUACUAAUCAUACUACAUAGGAUUUAGAACAUACUGUUUAGUAAACAUUUAUGCAGUAAACAACAAAUAUUAACAUAGGCUACUAUACACACUUACCCUUACUGAGAAUGCGUCAUCUAAUGCGUAAUUGCAUUGCUUCCUGACAUUAGUUUAUUCAUUAGUUAAUUUUUGUUCAGCGCGUCCUCUUAUACCGCUUUCAAAACAACUCGGAAAUCUCUGACAACCAACUUCAGUGCAUUCAAGUAAAGACAACUGGAGAAAAAAAGAAUGAGCUCCGACUGGGAAAGAUCUUUUUGAAUGGUCAUCCAACUCGGAAUUCCAAGUCGGGAACUCAGGCCUCUUUCUAGAGCUCCAACCUGAAAAUCAGACGUCAUGAUUUGACCUAGUUUUUUCCGUGUUGUUUUGAAAGCAUCAUUACCUCAUCUGAUUAUCAGCUGCAAUAAAUAUUUUUUAAAUCCAUCUGUUAA